UUUCCUGGUGUGCAAAUCCUUUCAAUUUCAAUGGCUCUUUUCUCUGUUUCCCCCUCUGUUUUGAGCUCAUGCUUAAAAUCUCCACCCAACCAUCAUGUCAAGCUUUCCAAUACAAGUUUGCCAAGCUUGAGCAGGAGGCGGCUUAAUUCCUUCAUCAAUAAGGCUUCCAUCACCAGUGCUGAAACUCCAAUCAGGCGCACAGGCAACCAUCAUCCCAACUUGUGGGACGAUGAUAUUAUAAAAACUAUCCAAGAGCACCAAUAUGAGGAUUCUCAUUACAAGGAGCGUGCUGAGAGGCUUAUUGCAGAGAUCAAGGACAUGUUUAAUGAAAUGCCCACAGCAAAAAGUGGUAAAUCUUGUGCUGAGAAUGCCUUUGAGCACCUUGUGAUGGUGGAUAAAGUUCAACGCCUUGGAAUAGAUAGACAUUUCCAAAAUGAAAUAACACAAGCACUUGAUUAUGUUUACAGCUAUUGGAACGAUUGCCCUAAAGAUCUGAAUACCGCAGCCUUGGGACUUCGAAUCCUUCGACUGAAUAGAUAUCCUGUUUCCGCAGAUGUGUUAAGACACUUCAAAGGAAAUGAUGGGCAGUUCUUGUGUCCAUCAAGCCUAUCAGAGGAAGAGAAGAUAGGAAGUAUUCUAAAUCUUUAUAGAGCUUCGUUAAUUGCUUUUCCAGAGGAAAAUAUCAUGGACGAAGCUAAAGCUUUUGCAGCAACAUAUUUAAAUCAAGCUUUAGAGAAAAACAAUAUCAGUUCUCAUCUUUUACGAGAGAUAAAGUACAACCUGGAGUAUGGCUGGCACGGAAAUCUGCCCAGAGUUGAAGCAAGGAAUUAUAUGGACAUAUAUGGGGAAAACAGAUCUUGGACAGAGUUGGCUGAUAAUAAAGAAAUUCUGAAUCUGGCUAAAUUGGACUUCAAUAUCAUGCAGUCAGUCCAUCGGCGAGAGCUUGAACCAAUCUUAAGAUGGUGGAAGGACUUAGAUUUGGAUAAAGUGGAGUUUGCUCGUCAUCGUCAUGUGGAAUAUUUUGCUUUAGCAUGUGCAUACGCAAUAGAUGAUAAGUAUUCUGUCUAUAGAAGUGAUUUUGCAAAGCUUUGUGCUCUUACAACAAUUGUCGAUGACGUCUAUGACACUUAUGGUACUAUUGACGAGAUUAAACUCUUCAAUGAAGCUGUUAAGAGGUGGGAUCCUUUACCUCCAAAAAGCUUUCCUGAAAAUAUUAAAAUAGCAUAUAAGGCAUUUCACAUGGGAGUAAAUGAAAGUGCUCAAGCCGCAGAGAAGACUCAAGGACGAGACACACUCCCUUACACACUCAAAGUUUGGGAAGCUUAUCUCAACGCCCUUACAAAGGAAGCUCAAUGGAUUGUUGAUGGGUACAUCCCAUCUUUAGAGGAAUAUUUAGAAAAUGGUGUACCAAGCUCAGCAUAUCGUGUGACCAUGUUGCAACCUAUAUUAACAUUAGAUGCAGUUCUUUCAGAUGACAUCAUUCAAGAAAUAGAUUAUCCAUCAAAGUUCAAUGAACUUUUAUGCCUAUCCCUUAGACUAAAAGGUGACACCAGAACUUUCAAGGCUGAAGCAAAUCGUGGAGAGUUAGUAUCAUGCAUAUCAUGCUAUAUAAAAGACCAUCCAGAAUCUACAGAGGAAGAAGCUUUGGAUUACCUUAAAGAAUUAUUGCAAAAACGACUCAAAGAAUUAGAUUGGGAGUAUUUGAAACCUGAUAAUGUUCCAACUAUAAGCAAGGACUAUGCUUAUAAUAUUGGAAGAAGUUACCAACUUCUUUAUAAAGAGAGAGAUGGAUUUACCAACUCUAACAAAGAUAUUAAAGAUCUAGUUACUCAACUCCUCCUUGAACCUGUGGCAAUGUAAUUUCUUACUAUGAAAAUAAAAUGUACUAUCCCAUUUUUUAUA